CGACCUUUACUUCAUCCCAACUCAACGUAAAGGUCGCACCUUUCUUCCCCAAGACACAGUCUUGCCGCUCGUCUCGUUACUCUGAAAACACGUGAAAGUCGCGCUACGCGCUCUCGCUUGUACUUUUCAUGGUGCCCAUUUCGUGAUUCCCCGAAAAGGAGAGAGACCCUUUUCGUUGCCAGCCAUGGCGGAGGUCCUCCACCACCACCACCUCGCUUCGUCUGCAAGCACCGACCCUUCAGCUUCCUCGUCCCGUGCAACGCCUGGGAAUGGUGAGGAGGAAGAGGGGUCGUCGGUAGAGAUCGAGAGAGAGGACGGAGAGGCGCAGCAGCGGCUGUCUGUGUUGGCACUGUUGGUGGCGGUUUUUAGGAAGUCUUGGGUUGCUUGCAAGAGCGACGGGGGCGAGCUCUGCGGCAUGGAGAUUGGUUGGCCCACCAACGUGCGCCACGUCGCGCACGUUACGUUCGACAGGUUCGAUGGGUUCUUGGGCUUGCCCGUGGAGUUUGAGCCUGAAGUGCCCAGGAGAGCCCCCAGUGCAAGUACACAUGUUUUUGGAGUCUCGACGGAGUCCAUGCAGCUAUCAUAUGACUCCAGAGGUAACAGCAUUCCCACCAUACUCUUGCUUAUGCAAAGACGCUUGUAUGCACAAGGUGGAUUACAGGCAGAAGGGAUAUUUAGAAUUAAUGCAGAAAAUAGUCAAGAAGAGUAUUUGAGGGAUCAUUUAAACAGGGGAAUUAUACCAGAAGGUAUUGAUGUGCAUUGCUUGGCUGGAUUAAUCAAGGCAUGGUUUAGAGAACUCCAACGAGGUGUUCUGGAUUCUCUGUCGCCUGGGCAAGUGAUGCAGUGCAAGACUGAAGAAGAUUGUGCUGAGCUUGUGAGGCUUCUACCACCAACAGAAGCUGCUCUAUUAGACUGGGCAAUUAACCUGAUGUGCGAUGUUGCCCAGAUGGAACAUCUAAACAAAAUGAAUGCACGCAAUAUUGCCAUGGUUUUUGCUCCAAAUAUGACUCAGAUGGCAGAUCCUUUGACUGCAUUAAUGUAUGCAGUCCAAGUAAUGAACUUCCUUAAAACACUUAUCGCGAGGAUGCUGCGAGAAAGAGAAGAUUCAAUAUUAGAGUCAGCUCCAACUUCCUAUACAGAGCCUCCCGAUGACAAUGGACACCAGAGUCCCCAGAUUUGCGUUGAAUUCACUCCACGAGCAAACGAAGUUUCUGUCAGCUCUGACAAGAAUGACGACGCAGUAGGAGAAGGAACUCGAAGUUGCGAAACCAAAGCUGAUAAUUUUGAUGGUCUUAAGGCCAGAGCUCGAGUAAGCAAAGGGAAAUUCGGACAUGGCCAAACCAGUAAAUCCAAUAUUAAAAGCUUUAAUAGAAAAAUAUAUGUGCGGGAACCGGCGGUUCAGGUAUUAGGUCCUGUUGAGAAGACUGGAGCAAUUAGCACUUUGAGCAGGAUAGAUUCAAGGAUAGAGUGGAUAGAAGCCUGGCGAUGAUGGAAGCUACCAAGUGGCCAAGCCUCCAGAGAUGUAACAAGCGAUGACUAUAUUAUUUGUUUAGGUCCACGUUUGCGAAGGUUGGGUUUUCUUAUCAAUCAUGUCUAUCUUUUCAUGAUUGGUGCUUGCUUGCUAAUAUUCAUCAUUAGGAGAUGCUAAUAAUGGAUCCUGCAUAACAACUCGUUUGCACUCUCUUUUUUUUUUUUUGUCCUUUCCUUUUGCUAAUCUGGGUUGCUGGCUUUGGAUGCUAUGAGUGGCUUGUGGGUUUGGAUUCUUCUAUCAUGGUUUCUUCUGUUUCUUGUUCCAUCUGCAAAUAAUAUCAGAUUCUACACUGGCAUUUAAUUCAUUGGAUCAUGGUUAUAAUUGC